GCAGUGAAGGAGGAGAGGAGGAGAGCAACCUGCAACAGUGAAGGAGGUGCAGGAGGAGGACAAGGAGCAGACUGCAGCAGUGAAGGAGGAGGAGGAGGAGGAGCAGCCUGCAGCGGUAGUGGCAGUGAAGGAGGAAGAGGAGGAGCAACCUGCAACAGUGAAGGAGGAGGACAGGAGCAACUGCAGCAGCAGUGAAGAUGGAGAAGGAGGAGUAUGUGUGGAGAAGGUUUUUGGACCGCAGAGUGGUGAAGGGAAGAGUAGAGUUUCUGCUGAAAUGGAAGGGGUUCUCAGAUGAGGAGAACACAUGGGAGCCGCAAGACCACCUGGACCUGGACCUGAUCACCGAGUACAUGCAGAAACACGAGGAGGAGGAGGAGGAGGAGGGCAAGAUGAAAGGUGUCAGGGAGGCCUCGGGAGACUCAGAGGAGCGAGGGAGCAAGAGGAAGAAGGAGGAGAAACGGAGAGAAAGAGCUGACAGCGGACAUCACCGCUGUCACCACUGUGACAGAACCUUCACAAAAUUAGAAUAUUUAAAGAUUCAUCAUACAGUUUACAAUGUAGAGAAGCCUUACAGAUGUGAUCAGUGUGGGGCAGCUUUCACAAUACAGAGCACCCUAAAAAGCCAUCAACGCAUUCACACUGGAGAGAAGCCGUACAGCUGUAAACAAUGUGGGAAAACGUUUUCUCAGAGUAGUAGCCUUAAAACUCACCAGCGCAUUCACACUGGAGAGAAGCCGUACAGCUGUGAACAAUGUGGGAAAGCGUUUUCUUCGAGGGGUAACUUUAAAAAACACCAACUUAUUCACACUGGAGAGAAGCCGUACAGCUGUGAACAAUGUGGGGAAACGUUUUCUCGUGGUGAUAACCUUAAAACUCACCAGCGCAUUCACACUGGAGAGAAGCCGUACUCGUGUGAUCAGUGUGGGAAAACGUUUUCUUAUAGUGGUGGCCUUAAUUCUCACCAGCACAUUCACACUGGAGAGAAGCCGUACAGCUGUGAACAAUGUGGGAAAACCUUUUCUCAGAGAGGUCACCUUAAAAAACACCAGCUCAUUCACACUGCCUCGUUGUGAACAUGUUUCAGAGCCAAGCUGUUUCCUCCUCCUCAUGCCCUGAUAGCUGUGUUGUUAUAUUCUGAUCUUCUCUCCACAUUGAAGGCUGACCAGCAGUAACUCUAUCUUCUGAACAGCAUGUAUGUCGUGUAUAAAA